CCUGAUUGAUUCAACCCGAUUCCGAUGACCAAGCCGUGGCGCAGCUCAGCUCUUGCGUGGCUGCCAGGGCUGCGCCUCUCUCGAGGCUUUCUUUCAACCAGAGCGGGCUGGCAGUCUGAUUCAUACAUAGUAUCCAGCAAUACAUCGUGCCCGCUAGAAAGCAAGAACCUUUCCAGUUUCAAAGCAGCUGGAUAGUUGCUUUUCAAACGGUAGUUGAAAGGUCCAGCUUUUGUUCGCUGUUCCAAUGGCGCAUGGCGGAGUUGCCACGCUGGCGGUGCGCGACGUGUGCUCGCAGCUCUACGCCCGCAACGUCGCAGAGUGCGCCGCAUACCAAGAAUUAGUGAACGGGUAUCAGCAGUACUUAGCGCAAGCCACGCAGUCGGGGAAGGACACACAGCGCCUUGAACAGGAGGUUGGGAGUUUACGAGAGGAGAACGGGGAGCUGAAAAAUUUGUUGAAAGACAACGAGAAGAAUGCGGCCCGGAGUGCGGAGGCAAAAGCUCUGGAGGAGCAGCUGGGGCGGGCGAGAGAGGAACUAGGAGCGGCUUACAAGACAAACGCGGGGACUGCGCAACAGCUGUUGCAGGCCAGCAAUGCUGUUCAGUCCUUGAAGGCCGACGUAGAAGAGAAGGCCCGUCGAAUACAAGCCCUCGAAGAGGAGCUCGCCUCGACAAAAGCGCGCCUCGCUCUAGUUGAGAGCCAGGCCGCGAACAAGGACGCUGCGGUCGAACUAGCGGCGGCAGAAGCGCAGCGUGCGCGAGAGGAGCAGCGAGAGAUGGAGGAACGGCUGAAGAAAGUGGAGGCGGAGAACAAGGACCUGGUCGACCGGUGGAUGGAGCAGAAACUCAAGGAUGCGGAGCGGUUGAAUGAGUUGAACGACAUGUACGAGGACCUGCUGAAGCGAUCCAACGCACAGCGGCUGGAGGACGUGGCGCGCACUCAGGUGGACGGCAUCGUGCGGCAGAGCGAAGGCGACGCCGCGGACUUCGUCCCGUCGGGCCCCCCCUCCUCGUCGCGCCACACGCUACGCGCUCACGAGGGUGGCUGCUCCGCGCUCGCGUUCGACCACGGCGCCGGGUCGCUCUUUUCGGGGGGCACGGACAAGCUGAUCAAAGUGUGGGAGACGGCGGGGGGGACGGUCAGCAACACUCUCCGGGGGGCGCUCGGGCAAAUUCUGGAUUUGUCCGUGUCGGCACAUAAUAAUUGGGUCCUCGGGUGCAGCUCCGACAAUAAGCUAUACCUCUGGGACCUUUCCUCCGGGCGCAUCCGGCACACGAUGACGGGCCACGUGGACAAGGUCAUCGCCGUCGAUUUCAGCGGGUCGAGCGGGCGCAAGGCGGUGUCGGCCGCGCACGACCGGACGCUCAAGAUCUGGGACCUGAACACGGGGUACGGCAUCCAGACAAUCAUUUGCCACAGUAAUUGCAACACGUGCUGCGUCGUGGUGGAAAACGGGGUGGUGGCGUCGGGGCAUAUGGACGGCCACAUACGCUUUUGGGACAUGCGCAGCGGGCGGCUCGCGAACGAGGUCGCGGCGCACGCGCAGGGGGUGACGUCGGUGUGCCUCUCGCGGGAUGGCGCCACGAUUUUGUCCAACGGCCGCGACAACGUGCUCAACCUGAUCGACGUGCGCACCUUCGAGGCGCGCACCUCGCUGCGCGCGGCCGGCUACCGCGUCGCCACCAACUGGUCACGUGCCUGCCUCAGCCCCGACGCCCGGCACGCCGCGGCGGGGUCUGUAGACGGGACCGUUUUCGUGUGGAACACGCAGUCGGGGGCCGUAGACCGAGCGCUGAAAGGACAUGCCGGGCCCGUACUCAGCUGCAGCUGGAGUGACCGGGGGAGGCCGCUCGCGAGCGCCGACAAGAACGGGAACGUGGUGACGUGGGAGUAGGAGGGGGAGCGACGUGCGCGCGCUGUGUGAAGCCACGUGCUCUUGGACGGCUCUAAACACGCCUCAAUUUGUUGUUAGGGCUACCGACUGUAUGGCUUGUACAAAAGACACAUUCGCUGAUGAGUAACGUUACUGUCAGUGUUCGCCGGGAAGGACUUUAUGUAAGGACGAAAAACAGCACGCUUUACGAAGAUAACCUUCACCUGUUCGGAUCAGCAUGACGGUCCAAACUGACGGUAAACGAGCACUUCUGAAGGGCGCUUCGUCUACCUUCACUGGUUCUUUGAAAUUGUUACUACACUAACCAACGGUAGUGAUGGGCCGGCUGACGUGACAUCUGUCAUGUGCGUAACUCUUGCAAG